GAGGGGCUUCAGUCCAGCAAAGAAACUUCUCAGGACUCAGAGGAAACAUCAGAAAGUCACUCGCGCUCCUCCAGAAUGAACUUUUGGGACUUACGUCGCUGCCAGUAUAUAAAGGAAUACGAUUUUUUUUCUUUAGCUAAAUAAUAUUUCCUUACAACAUUUACCGCUUGAUACUUUUUUUUUUUCAUUACCACGGACAACGGAUUUGUUUAGUAAGCAGCUGCCUUUUUUCAUAGUUUCAACGGACAGCAGCGGUCACUUUGCUGGGGAAGAACUUAAGUGUGAACCGCUUUCCUUCACAAAUGUCUUUAUAAUGGAGGAAUAUGCUUACUGUGUUUCAGCCUUUUCCAUUUAAUGUUUGUUUUAACCGUUGAAUAUUCGCAGAUAGAUGUUUGCCGGCGCCAGCUGAGUCUAUUCCAUGUAGAUUUUGUACAAAACAUAAAGUCAAGUUCUCUGGCACUUUAAUGAAUACAUCAGGUGGUAACUAACCGUGUCGAAGUUGGAAAGGAUGGCUGGCGUGGUACGCACCCUGAGCCGGUGUCUGCUGCCCGCUGAGGCCGCUCACGAUGACAGGAGCAACGGGAAAGAACGAGCCCGCGAGCGCGAUGUGAACCAGGAGCGCGAGGCGAAGCGGCGCAGUCGCGAGAUAGAUGCCAUGAUCGCGCGCGAGAGGCGCUCGGUACGGCGUCUGGUGAAGAUCCUGCUGCUAGGCGCCGGAGAAAGCGGCAAAUCCACAUUCCUCAAACAAAUGAGGAUCAUCCACGGAAAAGAGUUUGACCAGAAAGCGCUGCUCGACUUCAGGGACACGAUCUUUGAGAAUGUCAUCAAGGGGAUGCGAGUAUUGGUAGAUGCCCGAGAUAAACUUGGUGUUUCCUGGCAGAACUCAGAGAACGAGAAGCAUGGCAUGUUUGUGAUGUCCUUCGAGAACAAAGCAGGCAUGCCCGUCGAACCCUGCACCUUUCAGCUAUACGUCCCCGCCCUGCAGGCACUCUGGAAUGACAGCGGCAUCCAGGAAGCCUACGGCCGACGGAGUGAGUUUCAGCUGAGUGAAUCAGUGAAAUAUUUCCUGGACAACUUGGAUCGGAUUGGCCAACUGAAUUAUGUGCCAAGCCGACAGGACAUCCUAUUGGCCAGGAAGGCCACCAAGGGAAUUGUGGAGCAUGAUUUUAUCAUCAAGAAGAUCCCUUUUAAGAUGGUAGAUGUGGGUGGCCAGCGCUCUCAGAGACAGAAAUGGUUUCAGUGCUUUGAUGGCAUCACCUCCAUCCUCUUCAUGGUGUCCUCGAGCGAGUUUGACCAGGUAUUGAUGGAAGACCGCCGCACUAACCGCUUGGUGGAGUCCAUGAACAUCUUUGAGACCAUAGUCAACAACAAGCUCUUUUCCAAUGUGUCCAUAAUCCUCUUCCUCAACAAGAUGGACCUUCUGGUGGAGAAGGUACGUAAAGUCAGCAUUUGCAAGCACUUUUCUGACUUCCGGGGAGACCCUCAUCGAGUGGAGGACGUGCAGGCCUAUCUCGUUCAAUGCUUCAACCGCAAACGUCGCAACCGCAGCAAGCCGCUCUUCCACCACUUUACCACUGCCAUUGACACUGAGAACAUUCGCUUUGUCUUUCAUGCCGUCAAAGACACGAUUCUUCAGGAGAACCUUAAGGACAUAAUGUUGCAGUGACUUUUACAGUAGUUUGAUCUGUUUUUUGCCAUUGUUUGAGUCCAUUUUCCAUCCUGUCGCAGGAGAAAAUGCCACCUGGACUUCAUUUGAACGUUUUAACCUUGACAACUGUGCAGGAAAAAAAAUCAUGGUGCAAAAUUUGCAUCUUGUGUUAGAUGAUCAUGUACUCCGUUAUGCAGACCUUUAUAUUAGAGACAUGAUAUUCAAACUCUCUCUGUCAUCACUCAUUUUAAUUUCCUCCUGUGAAACGGGAAGUUUGAAAACACCUUGAAUGGUGGAAAAACCAAGAACAUUUGAGGGUGUUACAGUUUGUCAAUGCAAAGAAAAUGAAGCAGUUUGGUAGUCGAUUGUUUUUUGUAUUUUCACCUCUUUUCUCAAGGAUACACUCAAACAAUGCACAAUAACUUUACACUGGCCCAUCUCCCAAAUAACAUCCUAAAAAUAAAUGGCAAACCUGCACUGAACAUCCUGCUUGAUACAAGUAGUUAAUUUUUAUGUCAUUUGACAGGUUUAUUUUUGAUAUAAUCUAACAUUUAAAUCACAUUUUGCUUUAUCUAUACAUGUGAGUUUAUAGAUAUAUAUGCAAAAUUCUCAUUAACAACUAAGCAGGGUUUUUGUACAUAGAGUGAAUAGUGGCUUUUGUACAUGUUAACUGUGUUUGCUUUUAUGUGUCUCUUCACGUUAAGCUACAAGCUUUGAAAUAUAGAGUAGGGUCAAAUCACUGGUAAUGCCUCUAACACCACUAACUUAAGAUGAAUAAUGCAUUAAUGGUAUUUUUUAAAAGUCAUUAUUGCACAGAAAAUGUACUUUAUGAGUAUUCAUAUGAUGAUAAGCCUCUCGAAAUGUAUAUAACCUGUGACUCUUCAAGCCAACCUGAUGCUGUUCAGUUAUACAAUCAGCAGAUGUAAAGAUCUUAGUUCCUCCUUGAUUUCAGCCAGGGACUUAUCUUGUUGAAUGGCAGCUGUGAACAGCUGUGUGCUUUUGGUUUUAGCUGAUGUGCCUACAAGAGUCCCAGGUUGCGAUCCCGGACGAGCCCCCAAUUUGUUUCACCCAUGUUGCGAUCUAUUCUUUUGAACUACUCCAUGAACGGGGUGUGAAGUGACUUCCCAGUGAUCCCUGCCAAUGCUGAGGAGCGUUCGUUAGUGGUGGUGGCACAAUUUGAUCUGUUUUCCAGACAUCCGUUUUUGUCAUCAGAGAUAUAGCCGCUGACUCACGGUUUCCUUGGAGGGCAAGCGAUUUCAACUUCAGUGCAGGUGUUCGCUUGUCAGAAUUUUGUUUUGCUUUUGUUUUGUGUUGAGGGGCCACUUGAGAUAUGUUAUCAGAUAGUUUUCAAGUUUUAACAAGAGCAUCAAGCCCUUUUCUUUCUGUUUUAUGUACUUCAGUGGACACUGUGACUCAUUUCUAUUACAAAGCAACAUUGAGAAAGCUACAUUCUCUAUGCCCUAAAGGCAAUUUAAAUUCUGUCCUUCCUUGUAAUCACCGCAGUGCCAUGUUGGCUUACUGAAAUUUGGCAGGAAGGGAUUUGAUUUGAGAAAUUGGACACACCCUGAACCUUUGUCCCUGACAGCUCUUCCCAGUGGGAGCAACACAGAUGCAUUUACUGGAAGAUAUCUGGCUCUUGUGCACAUAAAGAAGGGGAAUAUAUUCUUUAAUUCAAGGCUGUAUUCAUCCUCGUUUCCUCUUUUAAUACCAUUGGGAGAGUCUGAAUGUUAAAUAGUGGAAAAGAAACGCAGACACAAGUAUAAAGGCUAUUAAAACUUGCAAUCAAGAUAAGCAUAUGGCGUGGAAUUAAUUUGAAAUAAAUUAUAUUUUGGAGAAUAAUAAUCAGAGAAACUAUUUCCAGUUGCGAUUUCAAUCUACUGAAGAUGAUCUGACUAUGGUAUUUACAUUACAUUUGCUGCUCUGGUGUUUUGUCCCUCUUUAAUGAUCUCAUGAGUGUCACUGUUAACUUGAUGUCUACAUCAACACCCCUUUCAGUGUUUUACUGUACUUUUUUCCACUUACAUAUUUUGCUUCUCUUAUGUUUUAUGUAUCCAGUGAUUGUAAAAAGUGUGAAAUUCCAGAUUAACUGCAUUAUGUGUGUUUUGUAUAUAAGAACAAUAUAAAUACAAUAAAAAUGCUGAAGUUA